AUGACUCAUCCUUUGCAGAUUCAGAUCCAAGCUAGGCAUUAUCCACAGCAGAGGUAUGAAUGUUUCAUUAAGUUUGUUGGAAAUGAACGGAAUGGCUUAGACUUCAGCCGACAGAUUAAAACAGAAGACCUCAGCGAGUCCUUGCAAACGUCCCUCUCUUCUAGAUCAAGUCACUUAGCCCAGGGAUCUUCCAUGAUGCCUGGAGGACAAAUUCCUGGGAAUGUGAAUUCUCUUCAUACUUUGCAGCAACUCGUGCAAGUCCCGGGGCCUAUGCAGUCUGUCCCGCUGUUCUUGCUUUCUCAAGGCCCAGCAGGACAACAAGCUCUUCAAUCAAACCUUCUCUCCUUUCCUCAGCAGCAGAGUGGACUUCUCCUCCCACAGCAUGGACACGGCUUAGCAUCUCAGGCAGUGGGACGUCCUGGGCACCCUGGGUCAUCGUUGGAGCCUCACCUGGAAGCCCCACAGCACUUACAAGUGGCCAAACACUUGCCGUCCUCCAUGGCAACAGAUGAAGCCAAUGAUUUGGAAGAGCUGGAAAAAUUUGCCAAGACUUUUAAGCAGAGGCGCAUCAAACUGGGGUUCACGCAGGGCGAUGUGGGUCUGGCUAUGGGGAAACUCUACGGAAAUGACUUCAGCCAAACCACCAUUUCUCGCUUCGAAGCUCUCAACCUGAGUUUCAAGAACAUGUGUAAGCUAAAACCACUCCUGGAGAAGUGGUUGAGUGAUGCAGAAUCCUCCCCCUUGGACUCGUCCGUCAGCAGCCCGAGUUCCUACCCCUCCGUAAGCGAGAUGUUUGGGCGGAAGAGGAAAAAACGAACCAGCAUCGAGACCAACAUUCGCUCCACGCUGGAGAAACGGUUCCAGGACAACCCCAAGCCCAGCUCGGAGGAGAUAGCCCUGAUUGCAGAGCAGUUGGCCAUGGAGAAAGAAGUGGUCCGUGUUUGGUUCUGCAACCGAAGGCAGAAGGAAAAAAGAAUCAGCUGUCCGAUGCCCUCCCCCAUAAAGUCACCCCUCUACAACUCCAGACUGGUUUCUACCUCAGGAUCUUUGGGUCCCCUCUCUGCUCACAGUUCCAUGCAUGGUGCAGUGUCUUCUUCCUGUUCUCCUGGCCAUGCCAGCCGGUCCUCAUCGCCCGGCGCAGGACUUCACACCAACAAUCCCAGCAUGCCUCAGAGUAACUCUAAAGUAGCCAUCAAUUCAUCCAGUUUCAACUCUUCUGGAUCAUGGUACCGAUGGAAUCAGCCUACUUACCUCCAUUAAAGCAUCACUCAGGAAGACUAUCCAGAGCUCCCUGUGUUUGUUUGUUUUUUUUCCUCUCUAGACAAAAAGAAAAAAAAAAGAAAAGAAAAGAAAAAUUGGGAGAGACGUCACUUCUUUCCAUGCACGACUCCUCCGGGAGAUGUUUCUUAAGAGCAAACGUUUGGCACAUUGGCACAGAUGACUUUGGGCGAGGCCAAAUUUUCCCGUCGACCGAUGCAAACCGAACUCUCAAAGAGACUUGAGCUACAACGGGUCUCUCUCUCUCUCCCUCGGCCCGAAAGAGAGGGGGCGGUGUGUGGUGUCCCUUGUAUAAAGCCCACCAGCUUGCCAGCAUCUUCUGCAGAAAAGAUGUCCCUUUUGGUCCAAGGAUUCCCUAAUCUGAGCCAAGGUUGGCCAAAUUAUUUCAUUUGAAAGGAUUGAACGUUCCUCUUGGAACCCCUUGUUCCUCUUCGAUGACGGCCCUUUUGUCGGUGUGAGGUGGCAUCUAAUGUUAUCUACUCAACAUUUUGAAGUGCAUUUUUUUUUUUAGCAAGGGGUGGGGGUGGGGGGUAUGGGGUUGUUCGUUCUGCAGGUCUAUCAGGGUGAGAAUCCGUAGCUCAGGUUGAGGUUGAGAAGCAACAGGACGGAAACAAACGGAUGGGACAUCUUCUAGGCUUCCAAAGGAUGGCCCAUUGGGAUUCUGGGCAGUGGUGAAAUCCGAUUUUUUUUUUUUACUACCGGUUCUGUAGGCGUGGCUUGGUGGGCGUGGCUUGGUGGGCGUGGCAGGGGAAGGAUGCUGCAAAAUCUGCAUUCCUUCCCCACUCCAGGGGAAGGAUAUUGCAAAAUCUCCAUUCCCACCCCACUCCAGGGGAAGGAUAUUGCAAAAUCUGCAUUCCCUCCCCACUCCAGGGGAAGGAUACUGCAAAAUCCCCAUUCCCAGCCCACUCCAGGGGAGGAUACUGCAAAAUCUUCAUUCCCACCCAACUCCAGGGGAAGGAUAUUGCAAAAUCCCCAUUCCCUCCCCACUCCAGGGGAAGGAUACUGCAAAAAUCUUCAUUCCCACCCAACUCCAGGGGAAGGAUAUUGCAAAAUCCCCAUUCCCAGUCCACUCCAGGGGAAGGAUACUGCAAAAAUCUCCAUUCCCAUCCCACUCCAGGGGAAGGAUACUGCAAAAUCUUCAUUCCCACCCCACUCCAGGGGAAGGAUACUGCAAAAUCUUCAUUCCCACCCAACUCCAGGGGAAGGAUACUGCAAAAUCCCCAUUCCCUCCCCACUGCAGGGGAAGGAUACUGCAAAAUCCCCAUUCCCAGCCCACUCCAGGGGAAGGAUACUGCAAAAUCUUCAUUCCCACCCAACUCCAGGGGAAGGAUAUUGCAAAAUCCCCAUUCCCAUCCCACUCCAGGGGAAGGAUACUGCAAAAUCCCCAUUCUCACCCCACUCCAGGGGAAGGGUAUUGCAAAAUCUCCAUUCCCACCCCACUCUGGGGCCAAUCAGAGGUGGUAUUUGCUCCGAAUAUUUGCUCUGUAUAUUUCUCCGAACUAUUCAAAAUUUCCGCUACCGGUUCUCCAGAACCUGUCAGAACCUGCUGGAUUUCACCCCGGAUGGGUGUGGGGGAAGGGAUUGUUCAUUCUGCAGGUCUAUCAGGCUGAGAAUCCAUAGCCAGGUGAGGUUGAGAAGCAACAGGGUGGAAACAAAUGGAUGGGACAUCUUCUAGGCUUCCAAGGGAUGGCCCAUUGGGAUUCUGGGAUUCCUGCAGGGCAGGAAUGUGGAGGUUUUAGACCCCACACACACACCACCAAAAGCAUUUGCUUUUCUAGUGUUCUGGGAGGAUGGGGGUUGUAGAAUAAGCUGUACUCGGGGGUGUAUAGGUCUUGCACAAAAGGCCUUCCACCUUGCUUCUCGGCAAAUCCCAGUUAGGUGGCUGGCUUUUCAUGCACGGUGCUUCAGAUGCAAGGAGGAAAUUUAAGAAUUGGCCUCGGGGCUUCUCCGGGACAAUUGCCCUGAGGAAGUCACGUGUUUCACCGCUUCAGAAGCUCCCUAUCUAGAGCCCUUGAGAAGCUGUUUGCAAAAGCUUCAGAAAUAUUUGUUUUAGGUGCGAGAAGGGAUGGAGGCUCAGCCUUCAAUCUCGUCGUAUAGACAUCUUCCUUCCUUCCUUCCUGGUGCAUGUAGAUAGCCCUCGACUUACGGUCAUAAUUGGGACCGUUGCUAAGCAAGGAGAGGUUGGUAAGUGAGCUGUGCCUGAUUGUACAAGCCUUUUUGCCAUGGUCGUUAAGUGAAUCGAGCAGUCAUUAAGCAAAUCCUGCUUUCCCCUGUUGACUUUGCCUGUAGGGAAACUGACACGGAAGGUUGCAGAUGGCACGACCCUGGGACCCGGCAACCGUCAUAAAUACCUACGGGCUGCCAAGCACCCGGAUUUUGAUCAUGGGAGAUGUUGCAGAGGUUGUAAGUGUGAGGACUAGUCAUAGGUCAGUUUUUUCAAUGCUGUCAUAACUCUGAACGGUCGCUAAAUGAUUGUAAGUCAAGGGCUGCCUAUGGUUUCAUUUUUUUUUCUUUUAGUACACUUCCAGGAGAAGUUGCAGUUGACUGGAUGGUAAAAAUGUCUCGAACGGUCCGGUCAGUUUCACCACUUCCUUUGUGAGGGAUAGGAACUCAACUUUAUUCUCGAGGUGUGGCUUCAUUUAGAGCCACGUCUCUCUGCUCCAGUUGCGUUCCUCCACUUUCCAAGCUUUGCAGUGCUACGUGGUGGAGAAGAUCAGGAGUGGGCAACGAUGGCAACUUUACAAUUUGUGGACUUCAACUCCCAGAAUUCCUGACCCAGCCAGGCUUGCUCAGGAAUUCUGGGAGUUGAUAUCUAUGUUAGCUCAGAAAUUCUGAGAGUAGAAGUUCAUGCGGGUUCAGAAAUUCUGAGAGUAGAAGUUCAUCCUGGCUCAGAAAUUCUGGGAGUUGAAAUCCAUCCUGGCUCAGAAAUUCUGGGAGUUUAAGUCCAUCCUAGCUCAGAAAUUCUGGGAGUUGAAAUCCAUCCAGGCUCAGAAAUUAUGGGAGUUUAAGUCCAUCCUAGCUCAGAAAUUAUGGGAGUUGAAAUCCAUUCUAGCUCAGAAAUUCUGGGAUUUGAAAUCCAUCCUGGCUCAGAAAUUCUGGGAGUUGAAAUCCAUCCUGGCUCAGAAAUUCUGGGAGUUGAAAUCCAUCCUGGCUCAGAAUUGGGAGUUGAAAUCCAUCCUGGCUCAGAAAUUCUGGGAGUUGAAAUCCAUUCUAGCUCAGAAAUUCUGGGAGUAGAAGUCCAUGCUUGCUCAGAAAUUCUGGGAGUUGAAAUCCGUGCUAGUUCAGGAAUUCUGGGAGUAGAAGUCCAUGCUAGCUCAGGAAUUCUGGCAGUUGAAAUCUGUGCUAGUUCAGGAAUUCUGGGAGUUGAAGUCUAUGUUGGCUCAGAAAUUCUGGGAGUUGAAAUAAAGUUGCCAUAGCAGCCCUGGAAAGAAGAGUGAUGAAGCCAAUCAGAAGGGAUCUGUUUCUUGAAGAAGUAAAGCUGAGUUGGAUCUCAUGCUAUAAGGGUUGUUGUCGUUGUUUUUAUUUGAGCUAGCUCUUUGCCGGGGAGGGAAAUGAGGCUGGACUGGAUAAUUCUGCAUUCUUCCCACCCACCCGCUCCAAAAAAAUUGUUGAUCGAUUCAUUUAUUAGUUCAAUUUAUAUGCCGCCUUUCUCCGGAGACUCAGGGCGGCUAAUUCAGAUGGCUUUUCAGCCCUGCUUUCAGGAUUUCUUUCAAAGGAGGGGGGAAAACUUUGUAUACCUAAAAUUUUAGGUAAAGUGUGACAUUGAGGCAUCCUGGUUUGCGAAUGAGGGAGCCGGAUCUGUAUGUGUAUGUGUGUUUGUAUGUGUGUGUGUGUCACUGAGUGUGAAUGCCCUGCCUUUCGGCACACAGAUCCUUGAUCAGUACCCUGCACCCUUCUUGUCACUGCAGUGUCACUAUUUUGCUGCCAAUAUCCAGUGGCAUGAUCUCAGGGUGCUGGGAGAGGUGUAAAUGGGAAGAUGGGGACCUUCUAGGAGCCACAGGUUGCCUUCUAUUGAUUAACAAGAAAACUUUGCAAGAAGUCUCAAUUCAAUGCUACCAACCCCUGUAAUUUUAACAUAAACAGAUUAAUAAAUUUCUGCACUUGCAUUUAA